GAUUCAUUGCUCAACAUGCGCGAGGAUGAAAUAAUACACACCACAAUGUCGACGAAGCGUAUUUUUGCAAUCCUGCAGGAUCUGGUGCAGUUCCUCGUGCUGUUCGUACAAGUGGUGCUGGAAGUGAUAAACACCGCAAUUCACAAGUUUCUGCCCAUUAGCCAAAAGGACAUAAGCGAUGAGACUGUGCUGAUAACUGGCACUGGUCAUGGCAUUGGCAGGGAGCUGGCAUUGCAGUAUGCAGCCCUGGGCUGCACUGUAGUCUGCGUGGACAUUGAUGAGAAGGGCAAUGCCGAAACUGUGGAGCAGGCCAAGCGUUUGAAUCGUGGCGCAGUGCACAAGUUUACCUGCGAUGUCUCCGAGCGGCUGCAGGUGCUGGCGCUGGCCGUGCGCGUCCGGGAGCAUGUUGGCGCCAUUACAGUGCUGGUUAACAAUGUUGGCAUAAUGCCGACGCAUCCAUUGAUGCAGCAAACCGAGGAUGAAAUCCAGCGUGUCUUCAAGGUCAAUGUGUUCUCGCAGUUUUGGGCAGUGCAAGCAUUCUUGGAUCACAUGAAGGAACAAGGACGUGGCCACAUCAUUGCCAUUUCCUCGAUAGCCGGUCUGGUCGGCCUAUCCAAUCUGGUCCCCUAUUGUGCCACCAAAUUUGCUGUGCGCGGCAUGAUGGAGUCGCUGCAUGAGGAGCUGCGCGAAGGACAACAGAAGGAAAACAUCAAGACCACCAUUAUAUAUCCCUACAUGACAAACACGGGUCUCUGCAAGCGUCCCAGAGUCAAGUUCCCAUCGCUCAUGAGCCUGAUGGAGCCGCAGCAUGUGGCCAAGAAGAUUGUCGAGGCCCAUCGCGCCGAUGCCAUGGAGGCCUCCAUACCCAGUACUCUCAUUCACAUCAACAACAAGACCCGCUUGCUGCCGCAUAAAUGUAUCAUAUGGAUUAAGGACUUCAUUGACAGCGGUGUGGAGUCUGAUUUGAAAUAAUCUAAUGCCUUGUAGCUUAAAAUAUUCAAUGUUUGGUAAGGCGUUCGCUUGAGUUUAAAUUGGCAAAUGAAUGAGAGUGAUAUUCAAAUGAAAUGAAAAUGAGGCAAUGUAACUUAUAAUCGGUAAUUUUUGUAUAAUGUUCAGUUAUGCUAGAACUGGGGAAAAAUAAAUAAAAUUGUUAAUUGAUGUUUGUUAAAAAAUUAAAAAAUU